CUCGCCGACAGUCUACACACCCACACCUCGCCGGACCACCCUCGUCUCUCCCCUCCACCCUCACACACCCCGUUCCAGCGGCAACACCUCGCUCUGCACGCCGCUGCUGGCACCGCUCGCUGCGCAGCACGUCCAACACGUGUCGCAGCACCCGUCGCGCCGCCCAAGUGUGCUUCUCGCACCGCCGAAGCUCGGGCCCCUCCCUCUCGCUGGCGCGCGAAGGCGGCGCUCGCUCCUCUCCUGGAUCCCGCACGUCCUUGGAGCCUCAUCAGAGAGCUCAUCUUUCGUCUCCGCGUGCCUGCUGCGCCGCUGCGCCUGCCGCAUACAUCCGCUCUUCUGCCAGCGCGCGUUGCGCUGCCGCCUCUCUCUUCACGCCCCUUCGCCGUGCGCCGCUCCGCACUCCCGGCACACAUCCGCGAGGCCGUCGCCGUCACAUGCGACGCUGCUGAGCCAUCCGCCUCGCGCCCUCCCGCACUGCUCCCACGAUGAUGUACCGCCAGCGCGGCGGCUCUCGCCCGGCGCACCUGCCGAGUAGCAGCGGCGGAUCGGCAAGCGGCAGCGGCAGCAGCGGCGCCAGUGCUGCUGCACCGCGCACUGGCUUUGGCCGCCUCUUCUCGUCGGGCAACGACAUGGCCAUGCCGCCGCCCUCGUCGCCGCUCUCCGUCGCUGGCUGGACGACCGAGCCGGCGCCGCAGCCGCGCUCGCCGGCAGUCUCGAGCAACAGCGGCUCCUUCUCGCCGCUCCUUGGAGGCCACGUCGGCCAGGCGCCAGCACCGCCGCCGCGCCCGACAAAAGGCCCACAGCAGCGCGUCAAGAAGGCAAAGGCCUACAGCAUCUCGCUGCUGACGGGCCACGCGCAGCAGGGCAGCUCGAGCAGCACUGGCAGCGGCAGCAGUAGCAGCAACGCCAGCGCCGCUGCGGCCGCUGCACUGCCUGCCAUCGUCGAGCCACGACGCAGCACGAGCGGCGACCGGCCUGGACGCCGCAGCCAGGAGAUGCCGUGGAUCCCGCCGCGCAGCCAGAGUGCGCUGGGCGCGUACGAUUACACGGAGCCCAGCCGCAGCGCUGCGUCUGGGAGACGUCACAUCCUGCAGCGCACGUACAUGAACGACGAGGACGACGACGCGCCAGUACACGUCAUCUCAAGCUCAUCGAAGAGCCCGCCUGCGCUGCCGCCACGACUUGCAGAUGCAAGCAGUCCCACGUUCCUGAGCAGCCUGAAGGCCGACUCGCUGUCCUUCCCCCAAGAGAACGCACAGCCUCGCACGCCUGGCGCCCUGUCGCCCAGCGCCGCACGGCAUCUGCGCGACGAGCCCUCUCCGGUCUCUCCUGCGCGCUCAGGGCCGUCGAGCUACACGCACUCCCCUGCGGGCCCGCCAAAGAACAGACGCAAAUUCUCCGUCGGUAGUCUGCUCGAGGUUCGCUCUGCCUCGUCGUCGCAGUCGAGCCAGAGCCAAAGCUACGACACCUCUGCACCGGCCUCGCGGCUGAAGCGCAAGCCGCCGCCCGCGGCCGUGUCUACCGCCUAUGUCGAUCGCGGCCUUGCCGGGUCGCUCGUGACGCCUGCCAGUGCACCACUUCUGACGGGCGCAGCCUCGGACUCCGCCUCUCUCUCGGACCGGCAACGCAAUUACGCCCGCAGCCCGGUGCCUCAGCGCGCUCAGCCCGGCGAGUACAUCUAUCGCGAGCCGCCCUCGCCUCGGGAUGCGCCGAUGAGUGCACCGCCCUCGAAGCGCUUCAUGUCGCCUACGCCUCGGCAGGAGCCGCCGUCGAGCGCUGGCAGCAAAGCGUACGCUGCACGUGCAGAACAGCGGCCGCCUGCGCGCCGCACGAGCACGUUUGGCGGCCUCGAUGGCUUCACGAUGGACUCGUCGCGCGCGCGAGACAGCGAUGCGUCCAGCGUCGCGGCGGGCGGUAGCAACAGCGGAGGUGCUGCCGUCGUGCAUGCGCUGGGCCAGAUUGGCGGCAUGGGUGCGGCAGUCGGCAAGCGCGGCUGGGACUUGAUGCGCAGCUGGAACACCGGUCCGACAACGGGUCUAAGCAGCUCCUCGAGCGGCGGGCGUGCCGCCGCAGCACCUGCCUCGGGCGGUACGCAGGGCGGCGAACGCGCCUCGCUCGCGCUCGACAUGAACGACGCGACACGGAAAUGGCUCGCUGUGCCAGACGCUAACGCUACGACGUCACGCGCUGGCGGCAACCAGCGCAAUGCCUCGGGCAGCGGCGUGUUCGGCAUGCCUCUGCGCGACGCCGUGCUGCAGACUUCGCUUGGCCGACUGUCCUCUGCGACUGGCAGACGAGACUCGCGCCCGCUCUCGCAGCUCGACGCACUCGAUCUCGGCUCCGACUUCCACGUGCCGAUGCUUUCCUCACCGCCGAUGGGCUCGCGUCCGGCGUCAGCGCAGCACUGCGCCGCAUCGCGCGAAGAGGCGAGGGAGCGCUACCUGCCUGCCGUCGUGGUGCGCUGUCUGCAAAGCCUGGAGAAGUGGGGUGGCGACGAGGAGGGCAUCUACCGUCUCUCCGGCCGCUCCUCGCACACCGCGAAGCUGCGCACAGUCUUCGAUGCGCCCAUCUCGCGUGCACUGCCCGACCUCGAGCUCAUCGAUAUCGGCCCUGCGGACCUGGACAUCAACAGCGUGUGCAGUGUGCUCAAGCACUACCUGCGAGAGCUUCCUGAGCCGCUUCUGACGGAUGCGCUCACACCGGCGUUCGACGAGGCUAGCAUGGAGGCGAUCGGCAUGCCCGCUUCUGGCGCAACGGCCGGCGGCGUGUUCCGCGCGGUGGCACAGCCUGGACCAAAGGCGCCUAACGGCAGCCCAAGCAAGGAGGCCGAGCGCCUCUCGUCGACACUGGCAAAGGCCAUCGCGCCGCUCAUUGCGCGCCUGCCGGCUUGCAACUGGUACCUGCUGCGUGAGCUCGCGGAUCAUCUCGCAGACUUCUGCCGUGCGAGCGUCGUGGCGAAGACGAAGAUGGUGCCCUCUUUCCAACCUCAGUCUCGUCCUCGCGCCUACGCUGUCGCUCUCCGUCGUCAUGCUUCGCGCCCUCGUCGAGCACCGCAACGUGCUCUUCCGCGAGAAGGGCCCACAGCGGGAUGUCGAGCUUGACGGACCGAUGGCCGCAGGCGACGGGCCGCUGUCGGCGCCGCUGGAGCGACCACGGCAGCGCGUGCCGAAGCACCAGGCGAUCAGUCCGACGGGCUGGACGUCGAGUCCGUACACUUCGCGCCAGAA